AUGCAGUCGCCAUUGUUUCUUCGCCGCUCCUUUGAGCCCAUUUUAAAAGAAAUCUCUCCCACAGAUCAUGAAAUUUUACGCUGUGGUGGCACGCCAUCCAGCCUUGAAAGACUUCCCUCCCGGUUGCAGCAAUCAAAACGAGCAUUUCCAGAUCUUCGCCAACAGCUUGAGGAACUCGCAUAUGAGGCCAGCUACCUGCGGGCUGAAUUGCAGUGGCAGAAGGAGUCAAAGCAAGCCCUGCUACACUUCUGGGAAGAAGUUUUCGGAGUGUUUCACUUGUUGGAAGAUGCCCUUGUUCAAGUGACUAUGAGGCUCCGCGAUUCUGAGCAAAGAUAUAUUAGUCUUUGGAGACGUUCAUCGGGUGGUGGUGAAAACGGAGGAAUGAUUUAA